AUGGAUGACACAGCAACGACACCGAGUCUCAACAAGACAUCCCAUGCCAGACAGGCGGCAUGUCUCAACUGCAGAAAGAGCAAGGUCCGAUGUAACCGCACGCCAGGGGAUGCAGGCUGUGAUAGGUGCAGGCAGGCCGCUGCGGAAUGUAUCGUGCCCAGUCACCAUGUUGGCCGGCAGAAAGGAGUCAAAAACAAACGUAAAGGCCUUGAGAAGGCGUUACAUCAAAUAGAACAGGCUCUCAAGCGACCUAAGUCUGAUGCGCCCGAAUCUGAUGCUGCACAGAAAAUCAUAUCCAAUCUCCACGAUUUACUGAACAAGACACAAGGUAACCAGCUGUACCCCGAGGCCGAUGAACUAUCAGAGGACACAGACCGGGCACGCAACCCCCAUUCUCCCCACGGGGUUGAUACAGGUGACAGUUUGUCACUGGACGAUGCUGAGAACCCACUGCAACUACUGGCGCGCGCGUCUGACCUUCAGCUACCACCGGCUGAAGUGCGUAGUUUCCAGAGAUGGCGUCCCCUGGAGCCACUACAGCCAACAGCACUACCACAAAAUAAUAACGCAGAAGACGAUUCCUCCACGGCUAGACUGUUUUUUGUCCCCGUCAAGGCGCAUUUGGACCUUGGUUCAGACAUGGACCCCGUCGAGCUAGGCCUCGUCACCCUCGAUGAAGCCGAGUCUCUUUUUGCCUUUUUCUAUCAAGACCUUGCUCAUACUCGAUGGGGUCUUGACCCCGUCGUCCAUACUGCGUCUUUUGUACGUUCACAGUCGGCUUUCCUUUUCACAUCAAUAAUGGCUGCGGCUGCUCUGUUCUUACCGUCAGCGGCCGCGCUAUCGAAGAGACUGUCCAGACACUGUAAAUCGUUGGCUCAGAUGGUCAUAGCCAAACGUUUCAGAUCGGUUGAGAUAGUUUUGGCUUUCAUGGUGAAUGUUCCUUGGAUGGCCCAUGGUAAUUACUUGGGUGACGACGACACCUGCUCCUACAUUGCCAUGGCUCUGGCCAUUGCACUGGAUUUGUCUCUAAAUAAGAUUGUUUUACCGUCUACUAGCUUUGACAACGGCGUUAUAAGACGGCUUGCCAAGGCCGACUGUAUUGAUGCAAAGAGAGCAUUGCACAUGGAUGGCUUCGAUAAUGUCGAUCCAAACUCGGAAUGGGGCCAGAGGCUACUGCGACGACGCGAAAGGACCUGGAUUGCUUUGUUCGUUUUAGAACGAGGCGUAUGUUUAGCUCGUGGAAGGAGCUACACUGUCCCCCAGACUUCUCUCAUCGUAAGUUGUGACCGAUGGCAUGUCUCGAACUUUGCAGAUGCGCGUGAUGGGCCCAUGAAUUCGAUGGCUGCCCUCCGAAGAAACCUGGAUGAUCUAUUCAAGAAGGUCAAGUCCAGUUGCGAUAACUACCAGGUCACCGAUGCUGGCUCAGAAGCUGCUCAAUCGAUUAAGACCAUGAUAGAAAGUUUCUAUGAUCGCUGGUAUGAAACAUGGGGGCCGGCGAUUGGAGAAGGUCAAUCGUAUUCCCUUCCACCGUACGUGGAAAUUCUAGUUACCCACACGCGAUUAUCAACGUAUGGUGGCGUGAUUAAUCACCCCACGGCGCCACUUGAGGUAAAGCGUUUCUUCCGAGCGGCCGGCCUUUCCUCAGCGCUGAAUGUAAUGAGGGCAGCCAUCCAAGGAGAAUCACGAUUAAAAUCGAUGCCGAACAACACGGUCAUUAUGAUUUCAUUUGCCGCAUGCUCUGCCCUCAGCCUCAGUGUGGCGCCAACUGAUACCAGAUCCAGCCUGGCCCCAAGUGUACGGACUUUGAUUGAGGAAACUGCAGGCGUGCUGGAGCGUAUUGGGGCGACCCCUAGUCAUAGGAACGGUGCGUCUGUGCUUUACGGACGGUAUCUAAGAGAGCUAGUUCGACGAGGCUCCGAGAAUCAGAACGAACCACGGAUGCCAGCCGAGGCGACCCUGAGAUCACCAUCAGCCUUUGAUGGGUACGGCACUGUGCCGCCAGUGUCGCAACCGUCAUUUUCACCUUUGCUUUGGUCAGAGCCGCUGCAGUUCUCUGCUAUGUCUGAUGGACAGAUCAUCGAUGCUGUGAACCGAGCGGGCAUCACCUUCGGGACGGGCGUGCCGGAUGUUCCACUGGACGAUAUAAUGAGUUGGGACUGUGUGCCACUGUUGCGUCGGACGGAUAUUAGGAAAUCUGCUCAGUACUCAACAGCUACGGCGGAGCAACCGGUGCGAAUGCCGGAAAUCGACCGUGCUGCAUCGAAACUUUUCAGAAAUGCGGAUGAUGCUGUAGCAGACCUUAGAAGCGGAUCUACCAUCCUUAGCUCAGGGUUUGGACUUUGUGGUGUUGCAGAAACUAUUAUAUCUGCUAUUCAUCGCCGGGGGCCCGAGCACUUACAUUCCCUGACCGCGGUUUCGAAUAAUGCUGGUGCCCCAGGGAGAGGAGGCCUUUCUACGCUGACCCAAGCUGGCCAGGUAAAUCGAUUGAUAUUGUCUUACCUCGGAAACAACAAAGCUUUGGAGAAGAAAUACUUGACGGGGGAUAUUGCUAUCGAGCUGUGCCCCCAAGGAACGUUGGCGGAGCGGCUACGUGCGGGCGGCGCAGGAAUACCUGCGUUUUUUACUCCUACAGGAGCUCACACAUUCCUUCAGGAGGGACAGAUCCCCGUCCGUCUAGACAAAUCCGGCAAAGUUCUGGAGCAUGGCAAGCCUCGCGAGACGAGGAUUUUCAAUGGGAAGACUUAUUUAAUGGAAAGUGCCCUCACUGGUGACGUUGCUAUCCUUCGAGCAUGGAAGGCAGACGAGGCUGGAAACUGUGUUUUCCGUUACACUACCAAGGCAUUUAGUCCGCUCGUGGCAAAGGCGGCUACUCUUACAAUUGUCGAGGCCGAGAACAUUGUCCCCGUGGGCUCUAUAGACCCCGACGAUGUGGACUUGCCGGGAAUAUUUGUGGAUAGGAUUGUUCCCGCCACGGUCCCAAAGUCUAUUGAAAUCAAAAAGCUGCGGUCCACCGAUGACGCUGGUGCUGUGCAACUGACCAAGGACGCUGCCAUGGUGCAGAGAAACCGAAUUGCUAAGCGGGCAGCGAAAGAGCUCAAGCAGGGAUACUACGUCAACUUAGGCGUUGGGAUUCCUACACUCGCCCCAUCCUUUUUGCCAGAAGGUGUCAAGGUCUGGGUACAGUCCGAGAAUGGGCUUCUGGGCAUGGGUUCAUAUCCCACCGAAGACGAAGUUGAUCCAGAUAUUAUAAAUGCUGGGAAAGAAACCGUUACUCUGGUUCCUGGCGCUGCAACCUUUGACAGUAGCGAAUCAUUUGGGAUGAUCCGGGGCGGGCAUGUAGAUGUUUCCAUCUUAGGGGCUCUGCAAGUCAGCGCAAAUGGCGACUUAGCGAAUUACAUGAUUCCUGGUAAGGUCUUUAAGGGUAUGGGAGGAGCCAUGGAUCUGAUCUCCAACCCUGACCGAACGAAGAUCGUGGUAGCUACCAGUCAUACGGCCAAGGAUGGAUCCCCAAAGAUUGUGUCAGAGUGCGAGUUGCCUUUGACCGGUGCGAAUUGCGUGAGCACAAUUAUAACGGAUUUGUGCGUUUUCCAGGUAGAUCGGGACAAGGGAGAACUAUUGUUGACGGAGCUUGCUCCCGGUGUCGAGGUCGAGGAAGUCCAGAGCAAGACGGGGGCGAAGUUCACCGUGGCGAAGCAACUGGAGCUUAUGGAGUGA